ACGAAACAAUGGGCAAAGACUACUAUCAAGUGCUAGGCGUCAAGCGAGAUGCGAACGACGAUGAGCUCAAGAAGGCGUACCGCAAGAUGGCGCUCAAGUGGCACCCCGACAAGAACGUGAACAACAAGGAACAGGCGCAGACCAAAUUCCAGGAAGUGAAUGAAGCAUACGAAGUCCUCAGUGACAAGCAGAAACGGACCAUCUACGACCAGUUUGGAGAAGAAGGGUUGAAAGGUGGUCCACCUCCUGGUGCUGGUGGUGACAACAUGGGAGGUGGCUUCUUCCCAGGACAAUCGGCACAUUUUAGCAGCAGCGGCGGGGGGUUCCCAGGUGGAUUUGCGUUCCAUUCGUCGGACCCAUCCAAGAUCUUUGAACAGUUUUUUGGCACAUCCAACCUGCACGAAGCCGAAGGAAUGGACCCGUUUGCGAGCAUGUUCGGUGGUGGCGGUGGUGGUGCACGCCGACAACAUUCGUUUUUUGGCAAUGAUCCGUUUGGCGAAUCGAUGGGUGGACGAGGCAAGCGCCCCGAAGCGUUGAAGCGCGACUUGGAGUGCACAUUGGAGCAACUUUACACAGGAUGCGUAAAGAAGCUCAAGAUCACGCGCAAAGUGUACGACGAACGCGCGCAAGGGUUCCGGGAAGAAGAGAAGAUUCUGGAGGUUCAAGUCCGACCGGGUUGGAAGGCAGGAACGAAGGUGACGUUUGAAGGCGAAGGCGAUUUGCUGCCUGGUCGCGUCGCACAGGACAUUAUAUUUGUCAUCCAAGAGAAGCCGCACGCCAAGUUUCGACGGGAGAACGACACACUCAUUUACACAGCAAAGAUCUCGCUCAAGGACGCGCUGGUCGGCCAAGGCACGCUAACGAUCAAGACACUGGACGAUCGCGAGCUGCACUUGAAACUGGACUCUGUUGUGACGCCGUCGACGCGGAAGGUGUUUGUGGGCGAAGGCAUGCCGUCUUCCAAGGACACAUCUCGGCGAGGCGACCUUCACAUCCACUUCGACAUUCAAUUCCCGACAAGGCUCUCGUCGACGCAAGCCGACUUGAUCCGACAAGCGUUGUAAAGUACUUCCCACUAGCCGUGGUGGCAUAUAUCAUAAUCUCGACUUGACUUAUUUAACAGUGGUUAAAUUGCAAUGCACAUACCCAACUCUUGCACAA